AUGCGUUUGGCUGAGUUGGAAGAUGAUUAUCGAUGCAAACAUGGUGUUCCUCGUUUGUCCAUAAGGUGUGGUAUUUUAAGUCAUGCAGUUAAUGUAUAUACCCCAAAAAUGUUUAGUCUUUUUGAAAAGGAGCUAACGGGCUGUAUUGGAGUGAGGAUGAAAGAAGUGUGUAGAGAUUAUGAAUUUUACACAUAUGAAGCAAUUGAAGAAGGUCAACAAAGAGCGCACAAACUCCACUACAAUCCCCUUACAUUCGAUGUUUUUUGUUCAUGCAAGUUAUUUCAAUCGUUGGGGAUUUUAUGCCGACAUGCUUUAAAGGUGUUCGAUUUGAAUAAUCUCACUAGCAUACCAACACAAUUCAUAAUGAAAAGGUGGACUAAAGAGGCAAAGAAAGGAAUUGCCGCAAGUAACGACAAAAGUGACUUGUCGAUAAUGGCAAAUGAUGAGAAAUCUUCCAAGUCAUUACGCCUUAGUGAGUUGAUGCACGAAGGAAAUAAUGUCUAUAAUGUUCCCUCAAUGACAAUUUCGGGAACAAAGAUUGUCAAAGAAAAGUUAGCGCAAGCAAUAAAGUUACUUGAAAAGGAUGAGGAAACUAUCAAUGUGCUUCAGAAGUUUAGAAAAGAUGAUGAUCAUUUUACUUGUUAUGCUCUUGUGGAUGAGCCACGAAUAUUAAAUCCACCAACUGUGAAAGCCAAAGGAACAACAAAUGCAAGAUUAAAAAGCACUUUGGAGAAAAGAAAAAGGAAGGCAAAGAAAGGUAAUAAAUAUAAUAAUUUUAUUUUUUUAUUACAAUUAUUACCCUUAUUCAAUUCUUAA